AAAGAAAGAGGGAGGGAAGGAAAGGAAGAAGGGACGGGCUGACUCGUAUUUCAGCUCCGUGGCUACUAGGGUUGGGUGUAAUCCUAACUCUACGCUCACAACACACAGUCAACUCUCACAGUCAGUCACACACUGACCAAGAAUGAAGUUCAGGGAAUCCUCAUCAGCACACACUACUUAUUAGCCUGUCUGUGCGUCACGCUGCGUGCUCAGCAGGUGUGGAUUUCCCCUCCUGAUUCAUGCUUUAUCACCGAUCAGCUGACUUGAGAUUCAGAUCCAGACGGCGACUUUGAACACCUGGACUUUUUUUUUUGUUUGUUUGUUUUUUGUAAACGACAUCAACAUUCUUAGCAUGCCUCUCCCUCCAGUGUCGACAAUACACCAGGGAAUGCAGUCAAAACAGAAGAGAGAAGAAGAGGAAGAAGAAGGUGUUGACAAGUUUUCAUGAAAUUCUCUGGCAACCCUCCGAGGCGGCAUCGUCUUUACCCCCUGGCAUCUAAACACACACACAUAAUAGAGGAUCCGCAUUUGGAACUUGUGGCGGGAGGAUUUCAUAUGCAAGUGUGUGCCUGUAACUUCAUCAGGCUUGGAAUAGACCCAGGGACGCUGACAGCUCUUAACCUCCUGGUCUGACCUGGCGCUGAAGACGGUGCGAGUCAGCUGGUGUGUGUGCUAACAACUGGAGAUACUCAAGGACACACACGGUUGUAAACAACAACUGCUGAUUCGCUGUGAUUGAAAAGUAUCUAAAUGUAAUUUGGAAACCUCUCUCCACCCCGUCAUGCACCACAGAGGAAUAUUACAGCCAAGUGUGUGUAUCUGAGUGUGUGCUGUAGAUGGGCGGUGAUUUUCCAGAUUGCUGGAUUGCCUAAUUAUCCCUUUUGGGUUUGGGAAUAACGCCCGGAGUCUUUUAAACACAAAGGACGAGAAGAAAGGAAAAGAGAUGAUUUAAGUCUGGCUUUUGGCUUAUGACACAGAGAUUAAUUGAAGGAGAAAGGGGCUGGAAGUUGAGGCUGUCCGGGUCAGAGCCACGAUGUGGAACUGUGCAACCAAAGUGGAGGAAAACUGGGUUAUAGCUGAACGUCCUCCUGGAACUAAUUUAAUACUUGACAUGGAAUCCGAAUAGUUUGAAGCAUUUUCAUGUGCAGACCUGGAUGCUGCAUUCAGAAAUGUUUGGAAUCUCAUGAUCAGGACUAAGAGUGAAUAUCUGCCAUCCAACGCAACAUCUGAGGAUUAUUUCCCCAGGUGGUUUUAAAGACGCACACCCUCGCAUCUCGGACUUGCUUUAUCAAAAUUGAGGAUGAGAGGGGAAAGGAGGUCAGCUUCCUUUCGCAAGGAGAAACCUGCGGGCCUGUCCCGCGCUCUCAGCUGGCUGAGCGUGUCUACCCUCUCGCGCCAGAGCAGACGCAUCUUCCACAGCCAGAAUGAGCUCCACUCCGUCCACAACCGCCAAUCAUACUCGCACACUCACCUGCAUGCAGCGGACGGAGACGAGGAUGAUGACGAUGAUAACUGGGUCUAUCAGCCUCAACACAAAAUAGCGGUGUCUAAUCUGGAUGAGGAGAGCAAGUGGACGGUUCAUUACACAGCUCCGUGGCACCAGCAGGAGAACGUCUUCCUACCAGGCAGCAGGCCGCCCUGCGUAGAAGACCUCCACCGUCAGGCCAAAGUCAAUCUCAAGACCGCCCUGCGAGAAUGUGACAAGUUGAGGAAAGAUGGUUUCCGGAGCUCCCAGUACUACUCUCAGGGUCCCACCUUUUCUGACCCCUUACAGUCCACCAGCAGCCUGCAGGAUGAGGAGGAGGAUGACAAUGACAAGAAGUCAACAGCUUCAUCAGCGGAGGACGAGAAAUCCCAGCUCUCCAUGAGGCCCCAGACCCCGCAGGGAGGGGAGGGGUAUGAGGUGGACGGGCAGGUUGUAUGGAACAAGAGCACACCCCUCCCCACCCCGGAGGAGAAGAUGAGGCUGGCGGCUCAGGCUGUGCCCACAGCCAUAGUUCCCAUCAACGUCACAGGGGCAGUGUUUGACCGACAGGCGAGCAUCCGGCGCUCCCUCAUUAACACUGACACCGUGUCCCGCCGUCCCAAGAAGGUCAAACGCAGAAAGACUAUAUCAGGGCUGCCUGACAACUUCAACCACGAGCUAGCAGCAAAAGGACACGGCGGAGAGCUCCGGCCGCAUUCCAUGUUCAUUCCAGGACAGUACUCCACCUUGGGCAGAGUUGGGAGCGUUAACUCAACGCUCCGACGUUCAGACACUAGAGACUCCGGCUGCCAGACGGAAGAAGUGAAAAUUGUUCCCCCGUCCAUGAGAAGAAUCCGGGCUCAGAGAGGACAGGGAAUUGCGGCUCAAAUGGCUGGCCUCUCCACCUCCUCCUCAACAGGAAGUAUAUCCAUCUCGAGUAGCGACAGCUCUGGGAUCCUGAUGCUGCCGCAGUACAACAGAGAUCCUUCCCGUUUUCACAGUCUGCCCCGACAGGGCGCCAGGGUGUCCCUGAGUGCUGACCCCAUCUGUAGCAGCACCCCGAUCAAGGCAGGGGAGCAAACUACACCUCAGAGGCAAAUUGGAAAGCUUCAGGUUGACGACACUGUGGUGCACAUGAGAAGCGCCCCGAGGACAGGCACCCUGCCAAGGCCCAAGUCUCAGGAGGUAAGGGGGACACAGGCCAGUGAUUGGGGUGGUGGUCCGGCAUGUGUGGUCUCACCACAUGCUGCCUAUUCCACCUCACUCAUCCCCAACGCCACCCUGUCUUGCUCCACUGAGGUCAUUACCCUCAACACCUCGGGUCAGCACUCUCCAGCCUCAGCUUACCCCACAGCUCGACCCCUCAGUAUGGCUUCCUCCAUCAACGCUGACUCCAGUCCAGCAGGCUUUUCCCACAGCUCCACCUGCCCAGCCUUGGCUACUUCUACCCCCACUCAUACACCAAAGGAUGGCGGUCUGGUCAUCACAGCACCUGCUAGCGAGUCAGGGCAAUCGGACAGCAGCAUACACAGCCACAGCACCUUGGCCCCAACGCCGCCAUCCAGUCUGCCAGAGGAGCAGUGGGUCUACGACACGCCAGAAAACGUGGUGGUUCCACACCGCACUCUGACCUCCAGCUGCUCCACUCCUAUAAACCAGCUGUAUAGCAGCCUGGAUCUCUCCUCCAGGACCACUACUGACUCCAGCUCCCUCUAUUCCCAGGACAACGAUGGAUACUAUACCUCCAUGCACCUGGACUCAGGCCUGCGCUCUCGCAGCCAUGGCAGCGGGCAUGGCGCAGCACCUGGAAGGGCCACCAGGCACAGCAUGUACGAGUGCCGUGAGAUGGCCAAUCAGGAAGACUCUGGAAGCUUGUACAGCGAUCGCUCUCUGUCCCGCAGCAUUUCCCUCCGCAAGGCCAAGAAGCCGCCGCUGCCCCCAGCUCGUACAGACUCUCUCAGACGCAAGUCUGGCCCAAAAAAGCCCCUUGGAGGCGUUAGUGCCAUCAGCGGUGCUAACGAGCCAAACGGAGCCAUGCUUAAUGAGACUCUAAUUGCCAGCUUGCAGCAAAGCCUACAGAUGGGGCUGAGAGGAGGGAAAGGAAAAGGAGCUUCACCUUCUUCACCCUCUCACAGCCCAAGCAGCGACUAUGAUGACCCCUGGGUGCUACGGCCACGCAGUCAGAGUAGCGUCAGUGCAGGUAGUUCUGCAGCAUCACUAGCAGCUAACGUCAACUGUGGCGGUGUGUCUAACGUAUACUCGCUAUGUCAUGUGACGCCUGCUCACAGCGACACCAGCAGCUUGCGCUCGGACUAUGCUGAUUCCUGGGGCUACUAUAUGGACUACCCUCGUAACCACGGAGACCAGAGGGCACAGUCCCCUCCGGUCCAUGCCACAGAUAACAUGUCGGCUUGUGCUCACCCAGGAGAGCUUCAGAAUGGAGGUGAGAUUCUCAACAACAGCCAGGCCCCUGGAGCUCCAGGCCAGGAGGAGGGGGUGGCAGUGAAGCCCAAAAUGUCCACCUCCUCACCGGACAGGGUGCACAGGCUGACCUCACCAUCCAGCGGAUACUCCAGUCAGUCCAACACCCCCACAGCUGGAACGCCAGUGCCCUCAUUCGUCAGGUCCAUGUCACCCUCAGGCAGCCGGCCCAAGCCCAAAGUGCCUGAGAGAAAGUCCUCUCUCCUCUCCUCUGUAUCCAUGUCCUCCUCAUCCACCUCCCUUUCCUCCAACACCUCAGACUCACUUAAAAGCUCCGGACCUCCUCCGCCACCACCUCCACCCUUGCCCCUCUCCUCCUCAGCUCCUACCACCCCUCUCAGCCCACCUCCACCCUUCCCUCCCCCUCUGCUGCCAUGCUCCAGUGCAGGCACUCCUCCACCAGCUCCCCCGUUACCAACCACUCCACAGGGUCCAACUCUCCUCCCACCCCCUGCUUGCUCCACCUCCCCUGAAUUCCCUCCUCCUCCAUCCCCUGAAAUGCUAAUCCCCCCCAGUUCAUCCUUCAAUGGGAGCUUCAGUCCUCCCCCUCCACCUCCCCCUCCCGUCCCCUCUAUGGGGCCCCCUCCACCUCCUCCACUGCCUGCUUUUGUCCCACCAUCCUCCUCCCCAUCUUUUGUGAAGCCAGUGAAAGAUGCUCCUAAACCAGCUCUUCCCAACAGCCCCACAAAGUCACCUAAACCCCUCAUCACCCCGUUUGCGCUGCAAAGUGUUCAGCUUCGCUCUGUUAAACGGCCAGAAAAGGAGAUUAACGGCCAAUCAGAUGACACCAAAGCUCAGGACACAGGGGUAGACCUCAUUCAGGGUCUGAAGCCCCAGAGCCUGGAGCAUCCCACUGUGACGCACCUGUCAAACUGCUCCCCAGAAGAAGUUUCACGCAACUCCUCACCAUCGCCUGUGUCAAAGCUCCUAGAAGAGUUGUCUUUCGACUGCAGUAUCACAGAUGACGCGCCAGAUAGUGCUGUCAUAAACGGGAAAGCCGAAGAUCACUUUCUUUUAAAUGGAAAGGAAAUAGCUGAAGGGCAGGAAUCAUUCCUGAGUCCCCCACAGAGCUCCCACAGCUCUCCUGUCAAACAGAAGCCCCCCGCAGUCUCGAAGAAACCCCAAAUCUCUUUUCUCCCACCAUUUAGCCCUCAACCAGUCAAUGAACAGGUUCCACCUCAGCAGGAUGAUACAACCAGCCUGUCACAAGCAGAGGAUCAAGUAGAUGCACCGCUAAAACAAGUGAAGAAAGAAGAGAAAGAGAGUAAAAGUGAGCAACAGGAGGAAGAGGAAGAGAGCUGUGAAACAUCCACGGUGACCCAGGACGAGUCUGUCAGCCAGGAGACAAGUCCACACCAUGGAGUGUGCACCAAUGGAGAGGCUCAUGACGAGGAAGAUGAGGAGGGAGAUGGAGCAAGUAGCACGACUGGAUCCAUCAGCUCCAAGGAGGAGGACAGUGGUGAGGUGUUCUACUCCAGUACGGCUGAAUCGUCUCCGGCCCCGUCAGCCAACGGGGCCUCCGAGGAGAAAAUGGUGACCCCAACUCCUUCGCGGCCCCGAACCACUGAGGACCUUUUUGCCGCCAUUCACAGGUCAAAGCGCAAGGUCCUGGGUCGCAAGGAGUCUGAGGAGGACAAGUCCCGGGCUACGAGCCAAACACACUCUCCGCCCGUCACCCCCACAGGUGGUUCCCCAGGAACGGUGUCCUCCUUGCCCCGCCAGGCAGGCUCCAUCCAGCGCAACCUCCGCAAGUCCUCCACCAGCAGCGACACCUUCAAGGCCCUUCUCCUGAAGAAGGGCAGCCGCUCAGAGACCAGCUUCAGGAUGUCGGCCACUGAGAUGCUUCGCUCCACGGACCCUCGCUUCCAGAGAACGCACUCCGAGUCGGCAUUGGACUCCCCUGCUGCUUCACCCUCCUCACUGUCGGUGCCACACAGCCCCUGCACCUCCCCCGGCCGUGGUAAGAGGGCAACAGAUGAGUGGAGCCGCUACGAGGCCUUGGCUCUGUCCUCGCCGACUUCAUCCUCCUUUUCAAUGAGCGGGUUUAAGUACGGGCGCUCACGUACACCACCAUCUGCUGCCAGCAGCAAGUACAACGCACGCAGCCGAAUCCUCAGCAGCCCAAUGACUGUAAUCUGUGAGCGUGAGGGGGAGCUGGCUGAGAGCGAGUACGGGGACACUGCAGAGAGUCCGACCGGACCCACGGCUCAGACUCUUCCUGUACUCAAUAACUCCAAUGGCACUUUAUCUGAAGAGAGCAGAAGUUAAACAGCAACGACCGCCCCUUAGAUACAGGGAGCUGAACUCACUCGUCAUAACCAGGUAGGGGGCAGGAAGAAGAGCCGAUAGAGACACCUUCCUGAGCCCCACCCCCUCGGUGCUGCCUCUGAGGGAGUGGACAUGUCGGGUCCUGUUGUGAGGUCAGAGGUCGCCCUGUCAUGGACCGGGCUGGACUUAGUCUGAAGUGGAGAACUGGUUCUGCUGCAGCUUUUCAUGAUUUUCACUCUGUCCUUCGUUUGGUGACUCACCCUUUGUGUUGAAAGAAUAGCGUUUCUUUUUACGCCCGGUGUUCUUAGUUUGUUUUCCAUUUGUUUUGCUGUUUUCUUUUAUCGUCCUUAACACGCUGGAAUCUUCUAGUUUCUUUGAAGGACAACGUUCAGGUGGAAAACUAAAGGUGAAUUGAAGGAUUUGAAAAGUCACAAGUUGUAACUUUGCUGCUGUGGUGCUACGUAGCUAGGCAGUUGAAAAGAGUGGAAUGUAGAGGCGUGCUGGCCGGACGGACUCUCGCCUUGUGAAUCUUCUCGGCUUCUCUUCUGUUGGCUCUGGAAAGUGUUCGAGAGCACCACGGUUUGCAAGCGUCGGCUUCAAACAGCCCGUAUCAUCGUGGAAAGAACCCGAGGAAGACGUGGUACAACAGACAGCUCCACGGUACAACUUCAGCUACGGUUACCGCCAGGUUUUGCUUUCUGCCCUUUGGUCAGAGGUUUAGUUUGCAGAGCUGGUAUGUUCAGUGGUCCACAGGAAGUGCAGAGGGUUCAGUGCUGUCACCUAGUGACGGGCAGGAAAUAAACAACUGAGUGUAAAAAGACUCAACCAAAACAGCAAAUUUACUCUAUAAAAAAGCUCAUAAAACCUUUAUUAAUUGAAUUUUUGUUUGUAGAUUUUGCACUGUGCAUAGGUCUUUUUCUUUGUUUGUGACUUAAAAACUAUGUUUUAAAGAUUGUUUUAAUAAACAGGUGAUGUCAUGACUUGUGUUUGCGAGUUAAGUAUGAAUCUAUAAAUGUAAAGACAGAAAGAAUAAGAGCUUAUUUACAGUCCGGGUCUACUAGCGAACAUGUUGGUUACCAAAGAGCUUGAACAUUAACUGCUGGCCGUUAAUCUGGAAGUGAACACAAUCUGAGAGUGUCUGACACACACAGUCGUCGCUAAGUUUGCCGAGACCUGCUAGAAGCUUUUAGGGCUUAAAUGAUUUCUAUAAUGCCGUUGACCUUUCUGCUAAGUUUAUCAUUUUGCAGUUUUAUAUGAUUCUGUAUGUAAAUACAUAGAGAAAAAGGAGUUUUAAUUAACAUUUGGACUUAUUUUCAGACUGUACAUGUGUAGAGCCCUGUGUUUGCUGGAAGGGAGUGGUUUCCUUUUUUGUAGAUUAUUUAUUUUCACAUAGCAGGGCUGCAAAAGGUGUCACGAUCGGAGUCAACCAGUGAGGUGAUGGAGGCACGGGGAAGGGUUAGGAGGGCCACAUUUACUGAGCUGACCCCACCAGGCUAUCUCUUUCUUUUUUAAAAGGUGCUUCAGAGUAACAGAAAUGCAAUAAUGUCAAUAUUUAUGCUAAAGCCUUCUACUGCCCUUAAUCUCGAGUCAUGCAAAGCGCACGCUGGUGCUCGCAGCUGAGUAAAUGUGGUCUCUUAAGAGUCAUAAACUGGGGCGACAGGCGUGAGACUUGAUAACCUCCUAACAGCCAUAACACCCUGUGGUUUAAUCACCUGUGACCAAAGUGUGUCUCCCAGCUCCCGCCUGGCCAUGAUCGAGCACUUGGGGCCCGGGCUUGUGUCAUGACAGGAAAACGUCUCAAUCGCAGAGAGCGUGUGAAAAGACGGGGGAGGACAGAAGACGUAGUGGGAGUGGAGCUGCUAACGCUCUUGUGUAUGUCUGUGUAAUAAAAACAAGGUGAUAUUUAAA